AUGGCCGUGGCCCUGGAGCUCCACCGUGAGAUGGAUGCCAACGCCAGUGUCACACCUGUAGAGCGUGAAAUGCGGAGGCGUCUAUUCUGGACAUGCUACCUCCUGGACCGCUUCAUGGCCUGUGGCUCGAAAAGACCGUCACUCAUUCAUGACAGCACAAUUUUCCUCCGACUACCGAGUUGGCUGAACAGCUCCACCUCGAUGCCUGUAAAUGGCGACUUCUUCCAGACCGCAUCUAAUCUGCAGUACCUUCAAAACGGAGCAGGGAAACGGCUGCAAGGCGGAAGCGGUAUGCUCAUCGACAUCAGCCGGAUCCUCGGCAUCACGAAUCGCUAUCUCGCCGCUGGCGGCGUCAAAGGCGACUCCCACUUUCCCUGGCACUCACUAUCGAAUCUAUCCAAAAUUCGCCAAGACCUGGACCUGUGGGCAACGGGUGCACAGGACAUCUUCUCGAGCGUCGAGACGCUCUUUAGCCAACCGGACGCAACCGUUUUAGUCAUGAGCAAACUCAUUUAUCACCUCAUACACUGUCUCAUCUACCGACCUUUCCUGCCCGUCGAUCUUGCCGAGCUCUCCGGUACAGGGCAGCAUCAGUCCUGGCAAAUCGAGGCGACAAACAUGUGCUUCCUGCAUGCCAACGCCAUUGCAGAGCUUACGGAACUUGGCAGGCAGAUGCCCCAAAUCGAGUGGCCUGGCUUUGUCGGCUACUGUAUCUGCACCGCCGGCACGGUCCAUAUCCAUGGAGCGCAUUAUAACAAGAAUGCCGCAGGCAACGAGAUGGGUAUCUUUGCAACAUCAGCCGAGUUCUUGUCCCGGGAGAUGCAGCACAUGGCCGAAAUGCGCCAUGCCUGGGCGUGUGUCGAGCACCACCGCCAAACACUGCAAAGCAUCUACAGUGCGCAUACGGAGCUUGUCAAGAAUGUCUCCAACAGCCCCAUGCGGUACUCGCCAGUGUUCCAAUUGGAAGAUUUUUUCGAUCGGUAUUUGAACAUUGGCGGGCCUGGCGGCUCAUCGUUCAACUUUGACGCCUCCAACCUUAUAUUGGCAGAUGUUCUCGUUGACUUUAAGCCAGAUAGCUAUGCAGGCCACAACCUGUAUACUACAAAGGUCGACUACAGAGACCCGUCUGGCGACACAUGCAACAGUGCCAACUGUGCUAGCAGUGCCAACAAUGGUGGAGCGAAUUCGGCCAGUGGAGAUAGUGCCAUGGAUGUGGUCAUCCCUGAGCGGCCGAGUUUGAAGCGUCGGAAGACGGUCCCGGCGAUAGCGCUUCCAGGCGGUCCCGGGGCCAAUAACCCUGUUGGUGGAAUGCAAACCCCUCGCAGCACGCAAACACCGGUACUGCAGCGGGGACCCUAUUCAGCUGCCCCAUUUUCAACGCACAACAACCCAGGCCUCCUUACAUCACCAAGCUCGAUGGCGCGCUCGAUUCCACACCCCACCGGUAGUAUCGACGACCAAAUGCUAGGCAACGACAAGCAGUCUAACAUGGGCGAUAUGCCUGGCUUGUCAUUUGGCUCGCAGAUGGGUCUACACGGCCAACCCCAGGAACAACAGCAGCACCCGAUGCAACAACAGCAGCACCAGCCAUUGCCUUCCUCGGGAACACCCUUUAGCCCAGGCUUUACCUUUUCCACUCUUGCUGGAAAUGUCGCCGUGCCGGGUUCUGGAUCAGCUACUCUACCUGGCGCCCAUCGGGACAUGGGCCACGCUGGUAUGGUCCAAGGCGACGGCCAGGUCGCGCUCAGCGGCUACGACCCUAUGUUUACAACAAUGCCGACCAAUUCCUUCGCAAGCCCUUCGCCCUGGAUUGCCGAUCAAUCCUCCGGUGCGGGCAAGCCAACACCUGGUGUCGCUCUUCAGAACAGUCCUGACGGCCGCAGCAACGACGGCAGCACCGGAGGCACCGCGGCAGGAGAUGAAAAGGAUCCGUUCCUAAGUCUACUCGAGCAGCUGGCGGAGAAUGAAUACGCCCGGGGUCCUGGAAAUGAACUGGACUUUUUCCUGGCCAGCAACGCGGGUUCGGUUUAA